AUGCCGGCGCUGCAGAAGAAGCUGCUGUUCUGCACGGCCGGGCUGCUGAGCCUGGGCUGCGCGCUGGGCGCGGCGGCGGCCGUGGGCAGCCAGCUCUGGGUCCGGGGCUCCAUCCUCUGCAGCACCGGAGCGCUGCUCGUCAACGCCAGCGGCCCCGAGCUGCACAAGUUCAUCGGCGCCAUCCAGUACGGGCUCUUCUCCGGGCAGCGGGUGCGGCAGUGCGGGCUCGGGGGCAGACCGCUGCAGUUCUCAUUUUUUCCAGAUUUGCUCAGAAUUAUCCCUGCAAGUAUCCAUGUCAGCGUCAUUCUGUUCUGCACAGUGCUGAUUGUCUUCGCCCUGGUGGGAGCAGGGUUCUUCAUGUUCAAUGCCUUUGGCAGCCCCUACGAGACGCUGCACGGCCCCGUGGGGCUGUACCUGUGGAGCUUCAUCUCCUGUGAGUGCCAGGCUGGGCUGGCACUGCCAGCAGCGCCCACUGCUCAGCACAGGGGUUCCUGUGGCUGCCUCAUCAUGAUUCUCUUCUCCUCAGAGGUGAAGAUCCACCACCUUUCAGAAAAAAUUGCUAACUUCAAAGAGGGAACUUUUACAUUCAAGACUCACAGUGAGCAGUUUGCAAAUUCCUUCUGGACCAUCCUGGUUUGCUCCCUGGUGCACUUCCUCAAUGCCCUGCUAAUCCGAUUUGCUGGAUUUGAAUUUCCCUUUUCAAAAUCAGAAGAGUCAGGGACAAUCACAGGAGCGGUUGACUUGAUGUAUUAAAAUGAUGGGAUUUCAAAACAUUUCAAGCAAAGAAAUUUAUCACUAUUACAUCAACAACCACCAGAUGUACCAAUUUGUGAACAAUUGCCCUAGAGAAGGUAAAAAAAGGGAAAGUUUCAAAUAAGUGUUAAUGUGGUGUAAGCAGUGAACAAAAGAAGAUGUGCUGUAUGGAAAUGCCUGGAUGGAAAAGCCCUCUAAGACAUUUUUUUCCCUUUUAAACUGUUUAAAAAGUGGCUGGUAUGAAGAAAACCAGGAAUCUCAGUAGCACUGCCCUGACUCUGGCAAGUCCAGUCAAUGGGUUCAGUGGAAGCACACACUCGCCAGCAGCAGCUCUGCCCUCAGCCCUGGUGAGGGCCAGGGUGCAGCCGAGACCACGCCGGAGCAGCAGGGCCAGGGACACCCAGCAAGGCACAGGGCAGCGCCCAGGCUCUGCCCCAGCACACCCAGACUCAGCCCAACUGCAGCGCUCAGAGGGCACAACCCAACACCUGCACUCCCACCUGGCUCCACAUGCAUGGCAGCAGCAUCGUUUCUCUCCAUGAAACUCUCUGGUUUUUCCCUUUUAACAAACCAAACUGCUCCAAACCCAAAGCACUGGGAGCCCUCGUCUCCCCAGCAGUUGCUGCAGCUUGGUGACAAAGCUGACACAGCACAGCAGAUGCAGGGGAGAUGCCACGUGCUGCUGCUGGCCUGAGGGAGGCAGCCAGGCUUGGCAGAGCUGAGCAAACCCUCUGCAGCUCACCAGGCAAAGGGCAUUUCCCAGGGCAGAGCCAGGGACUGAGCCCAGGCACCGCCACCUUCCACUGCCCCCUCCAGAGAACAGUGCUGCAGAUUCUCAUCAAGCAAUGCCAACAAACCCCAUCAGAACCCCUGGCGAAGGGCAGCAACAGCACAGCAGACAGGCUCUCCUGCAGGCUGCAGCUCAGCAGGGACUGAGGGACAAACACGGGAGGGUCUGGCAUGGGAAGCCAGAACAGAUGGAUGCAUCAACCCUCGCCCCUGGACCGCCCCAAGCCAGCUAAAGCACGGGAUGCUCCCCAGGCUGAGCAUCACACCAGCAAACGCUGCCCCUGUGGGCUUACCUGGGUGCCCGGAGAUGAGCUGCUCCUCGCAGGACACAGGA